GGACACGGAGGCGUCGGAUGAACUGGAGGAACGGACUGCGCCGAUUGAAAGAGGAUGCCGAUGACGGGAACGGCGGAGGGAACGACGACGACGACGACGACAACAACAACGAAGGCAACGACGACAAGAAUGACGAUUAUGACGAUUACGACGAUUACGAAGGAGUCUUAAACGGUGGGGACUUGCGGAAUUUCGACUACUGUUUCUUGCGAAGAAACUCUGCCCGGGUACGCUUUAGACGCAAAAACUACUAACAAAACCGAAAGACGGGAAAGUCGGGGAGAUUUUCGCC